AUGGCACCAAUCUGGGAGCUGGUUAUCAGACAGCCGCCCUAUCUCAACCUUCUGCUGUCACUUGGUGCCCUUGUUUUGGGGGUCGGUGUGCUGUUUGCUACGUGUUACAGCAGGAGGAGGGGAGGAGCCAAGACAGACUCAGAGAUUUCAAAGCAACGUAAUUUGAAAAAGAUCCAGAAAUGCACAGUCUCAGAGUCAGAAGAAAACCUCAGGAUGGAAUGCAGUGAAGAUGACCUAUCACAUAUUUCAGGAUUUCCUGCAGACUGGACCGAGGAAUACAGACUGUGGUCAAUGGUCAGGAGUCUUCAACAGAUCAUCCAACAAUUGGAAAGUGCAAGAUUAUGUCUUAUGGAACUGUAUUUGCUGGAGUCACAGGAUGUGACUUCUUCCACCACCCCUCCUCUUGAGGCUCAGGAUACUGCUCCAUCCUGUUGCAUCUGUGAGGAGACAGCGUAUUCCAGUGAUCACAGCAUCUCUUCUGGAUCAUCAAGCAAUAGCUCCAGCCUGUCUUACCUUCCUGCCUUCUUUGAAGAGACAUCUUGGCAAGUCCAGAGUAAUCGUUUGCCUGUUUCCCGUGGAAAGCAACCAUCUGUGUUCAGGAACCAACGCACAACCCUGUCACCUUUUCAGCUGUCAGAGCCUGAGGGACCAGAACUUCUUCAGGAUUUGGAAGCUGUUUCACACUUACCGCUACAAAAUUAUUUUAUUCACACGAUAUUUAAAUCCCCAACUGUUUGCAAACAAGAAGAAAAAACAAAACAUAAGAGAAGGAGCAGGAAUCCUUUGGCAUUAGAUUAUGAGCCAAAUUCUGUUUUGAAUGAAAGACCACAACUCCCAGGGUGGUCUUUGCCCCAGCUCUCUCCUUUGGCUAGAGGGGAGCUAGAGGGCCAUAUGUCUUGGAAGGUUCGUACUUUGCAGGAACAAACAGUGCCUGUGCCUGUGAAAAAAUCAUGGGCAAUGCUGAAUUAUUUGAUUGAAGUACCAGGAGGUGUCUCUGAACUAGAGAACUCCCAAACCCAGUUAUCUACACUCAUUCAUCAAAGCACUGAGCAAAAUAUGAAUAAUACAUUCUCAGAUCUUCUAUCAUCUCAGCUGCAUAUGAACACUGGAGUAGAAUCUGGAUUAAAUAGGACAGAAACAAAACUUUCACUUAUCUCAGGUAAACAGUUACAACAUGGGAAUGACCCCCAAAUCCUUGGAUCCAAACACUUGGUUACAUCAAUGAGCACUCCAUCUUCCAGACAUUUAGGUGUUAACAGAACUCAAGAAGAAAGUGCUUUACUGAAGAAGGACUCGAAACAUGUGCUAGACCUUAGUGCAGAGCAGAGUGCCACAGAUAUUCCAGAAAAAAGCAUUCAGCAGCAUAAUCCACAAGUGACUCAUGUGGAGCUGACACCAAGGCUUCCUUAUAAAGUCACAGAUAACAUCAAGAUAACUCCAUUGGCAUUGCUUCAGGUCACGGAUUCAAUAGGGAUGAUUCCAGAAUCAUGUUCAGAAAUGUCAGACUCUGUGGAUUUGUUCCCACAGACCUUUAAUCAAGUUGUAAAGCCAAUGGAAGUCAUGGAAACAGUGCAUGUAACUCCCAAAUCACCAAGUCAAAUAACUGAAUCAGUAAAGGUAACCCCCGAGACUCAGCAACGAGUUGUAGAACCAAAUAGGAUCACCUCAAGACUAAAUCAAGUCAUAGAUAAUGUGAAGAUAACUCCUGUAGCCUUGCUUCAAGUUGUGGAUUCUAAGAGAAUGGUUAGUGAAUCACAUCCAUCUAACGCAGAACCAGUAGGAAUGACCCCAAGGCCACAAUAUGAGGCCAUGGAGUCUGGGGAGAUGAGUACAUUGUUGGACACAAUGAUGCCACAACACGCAACUUUGGAAGCUGUGGAAAUGGCCCCAGGGACAAAGCACGGAGUCAUGGAAUCAGUGAAUAGGAUUUCAGGGUCACAAAGUCAAUUAAUGGAACAAAUAAAGAUUACUCUGGACCUAAUACAGCAAAACCCAGAAUCAUUGGAAAUGACCUCAACAUCAUUACAUCAGGUCAUUGACCACAUGAAAAUAAUCCCAUUAUUACAAACCAUGAGUUUUGGGGAGAUUCCGCCAGUCCAGACACAUGAUAUAGAAUCUGAGGGUUUUAUCCCAGGUUCACAGUCUAAAAUUGCAAAUUUGACCCCAAAGCCAACUCAACCAGAUGGUUUGACUCCUAGCUCUUCUACUGCUAUCACUCCACUAGGAGUUGUAGAAUCUGAGAGUUUACUUUCAGAAUCACCACUUAAAGUGAUGGAAUCAUCAAGGAAGAUUCUAAUACCAUCUCACCAAUCCAUACAUUCCCUAAAUGAACACUCAACAGCACUGGCUGCACCAGCAGUUACAAUCACAGAACAUAAGAAAUGUGUACAGUUGACACCAUCACAACAACUUAAGCUUACAGAUUCUACAGAAUUAUCCUCAGGAUUGCAAACGGUAAAAUAUGAACAACCAAUCUCAAGUAUGAAAUCUGUCUAUCUGGCCCCAGAACUUCAAUCACAGAGUGUAAAAUCUGAGGAGUUAGCCUUCACAACACAGCUGCCAAGUAGCAAAUCUAUGGAUAUGAUCCCUAAUUCACAGUUUCAAGGUAUACAGUGUGUUCAUUUGGCUCCACCACCAGAGUGUCAAGAUAAAAAAAUGGUAGAGCUGACUUUAAGGCCACCACUGGAAAAAUCAAAAUCUGUGGAGUUGCCUCCAAAGCCAUGGUUACAAAAUGCCAGCUUGGAAAAGGUAGCCCAAGUACUAUUGCCUAAAGACACAAAAACUGCUCAAGCGAUAGAAGGUAGGAGGUCAACUUCUGAGACACAGGUGCAAAGCAUGAAAUCUGGGGAAUUGAUCCCAGGCACACACCUUCAACCAGUAAAAUAUAUAGAGUUGGAACCUGAUCAAUCUCACCGUGCCACAGAACCUGAACAAGAGGCCCCACAGAAGCGAGUCUCAGAAUCUUUAGGGAUGGUCACAGAUUUAGGAUACCAAGGAACAGUUGCAAAAUCGACCUCUGAUACACGUCACCAAGUGGAAGCAUCUAUUGGGCUGACGCAAUCAUCUUUAGGAAUUAUCCCUGUUUCACUGAGCCAAACCUCAAAAUCUAUAAAAGCAAUCCCAUCAUCAUUUCAAGACACUACUGGGACUAUGCUCUCACCUAUAAAAGUGGUAGGGUUGACUCCAGAAUUACAAUCUACAGUAAAAGAAUCUCUGGAUUCGAUACCUGGAUCAGAGGUACAAAGUGUGAAAUCAGAGGUAUUGACCCCAGAGCCACAGCCCCAAGGUAUGAAGCCUGUUCAUCUGAAUGGAGAACCACAUUCACAAGCUACCAAAUUGUUGGAGAGACCCCUAAAGUCAGACUAUGAAGACACAGAAGCUGUAGGGUUAUCGUUUCCUCAAGUCGAUAAGAUGCAGGAGGCUAUCCAAGAACCACAUUCACAGACUAGAUCUCUUGAGUUGACUCUAAGACCAGAGAUACAACCUGAGAAAUCAGGUUUAUUACUGAAAAAUUUGAAAUCUGUUGAAUUAACUUGUGGGUCAUCCCCAUUAGUAGUAGAAGCUAUGGAAUUAAUUACGGGAUCAAAAUCAAACAUUAUUGAUGUGGCCUCAGGGCCACAGCUCCAGGGAGUAAAAUCUAGGCAGACUUAUCCAGAAGCACAUUUGCAAGAUACAAAAUGUGUGAUUGUAACCCCACCAUCAAGCACAGGAUGCAUAGAAUCUAAGAAACCAAAAUCAGAGAAAAUGCCACAAAGUAUUUUAUUGGGAGAAUUGACUAACAGAGCAGAGCUUCCAAGUGUGAAAUCUGUGGACUCAAAUCUAGACUCAGGGCAAUCAAAUGUCAAGUCUUCUGGGUUGACUCUAGGGCCACAGCUGCAAAGUGUCAGAUUUUCAAAGUUAUCUCCAGGGUCAGUUCAGGGAGAAAAACCGAUAGACUUAACCUUAGGGCCCCCACAUUAUGGUGUGAUACCUGAUGAAAUGACCCCAAGUUCCCCCGUGCAAGAAAUCAAAUCAUCAGAAUUUAUCCCAGGGUCCAAACAUCAAAAUGUCAGAUCUGUACAGUCUACUCCAGUGGAACUAAAGUCAGGACCAUGUUUGAAAGAAGUCAAAUUUUCAGAUUUGAUUUCAGAUUUAAAACCUGGAGCUCAACUUCAAGAUACAAAGCCUAGAAGGUUUGUAACAGAAUCCUCUUUGCACUUAAGUCAAGGACUACAGGUUGAAGAUAUAAAAUCUAUUGUGUCUACCAAAGGAUCACAUUUUCAUAGAAUGAAGCCUAUGAAACUGAUCUCAGAACGACAAUUUCAAGAUGUAAAAUUUGAAGAAGUAAAUCAAGGGCAGAAAAAUACCAACUUUUCAGAAUUAAUAGCAGAGCCAAGCCUUCAAGGUGUCAUAUUCGGGGAGCAAAUUAGUGGUGUGAAUUCUGCAGAAGUGACUCCAGAGUUAGAGUGGUAUGAUUCCAAAUUAGCAAAGAUGUCGCCAGGGUUUCAAGAUAUGAAGCAGGUGGCGCUUAAAGGGCCAUGGCUACAAGAUGUUUUAAAUUUAACACCAGGAACUCAACCUGGUGAGAGUAUGAAAUCUCCAGAGUUAAACUCAGGGACACAGCUACAAGGUGUAAAAUUUUCAGAGCUGACCUCACAGCCAGAGAGACAAGGGGUUAAACAGCAGUCAUUAGUACCAGAAUUAUGUUUUCAAGAUGGAAAAUAUGUAACAGUGAACCAAAUACCUGGAUUUGAAGAUGAAAUUUCUUAUAAAUUAGUCUCAGAGCCACAGAUACCAAAUGUGGAAUCUAUGGAGUUGUCAAGUGGGACACAGUCAACAGGUGUAAACCAUCCCGAGUUGGCCAGGGGGCAAUGGUCACAAGGUACAAAAUAUUAUGAAUUAAUCCAAGAGCCACAACUAGAAGAUAUAAAACCUGUGGAUCAGACCCCAGUCUCAAGGCCUCAGGGUUUAAAAUCUGGGGAGCUGGUCUUAGAACCACAUACAAAAGUUAUGAUGACAUCUGUGGAGGUAAGCCCAAGGCCACAUUUGGGAGACAGGACUUCUAUGAAGUUAACACCAACGUCAAACUCAAGAGAAGUCAAAUCUAUGGUGCUAGACCCAGGGCCACAGACAGGAGGCAUACAAACUCUGGAGCUGGCCCCAGGUUCAGAGCUUGAAGGUUUAAAAUCAGAGUUGAUGCCUUCAGGAUUACAGUUGAAAGAUAAAAAGUCUGUGGUCUUAACUCCAGGACCAUGCCUAGAAGGUCUGAAAUCCAUGGAGUUAACCUCAAAUCCCCAGCUAGAAGAUGCAAAAUCUAUGGAGGUGACACCAGGUUCAAGAAUUCGAGAUUUGAAAACUGAGGAGUUAGUUCCAGGUACAAAGAUUCAAGAUUUGAGAGUUAUGAAACUGAAACUUGGGCAGAAGAUACAAGGCAAGGAUUCUAUGGCUUUUCCACCAGAUCCAUUGCCUCAAGUUGUUAAAUCAAGGGAGGUUCUUGAAAGUCCUCAAACCCAGAGUAUGAAAACUGAGGAACUUACUUCAGAGUCACAAAUACAAGAUAUGAAACUUGUGGCUAUUACUCCACUUACUAAGCCACAAAAUUUAAAAUCUGUAGAGGAUACUCCACAUGCACAGCUACAAUGUGAAAGAUCUAUGAAGUUGGCCUCAAGGCUAGAAAGGCAGGAGGCAAAAUCUGUGAGUGUAACUAGAAGACAAAGUUUUCAAGGAGUAAAACCUGUAGAUUUAGACCAAAAGCAACGAUUUCAUGGGGUGACACCAGUGAGUUUAACUCUUAAUCCUGAACAAGAUAGCCAGAUAUUUGUAAAUUUACCAGGAUGGAAACAUGUAAACUUAGAACAACUGAAGAGAGGAUUUGAGUCAGACAGUAUAAUGUCUUUGGAGUUAGUUCCAGAGCCAAAAUCUAAGUGUAUAAAAUCUGUACACCUUAAUUCCAAGAUACAGUCAAAAGAUAUGACAUCAUCUGAAUUGGUUCCUGAACGAGUUAUUCAAGAUGUAAGAGCUAAAGCACUCAAGUAUGAACCACAGUUGCAAAAUAGGAAAUCUCCCAAGUUGACCCCAGGACCACAGUUUCAAGAUAUAAAAACUGUAGAGUUAAGCAAAGAGCCACAGAUUAGAAAUAUGAAAACUAUUCAGUGGAUAUCAAAACCUGAGUUUCAAGGUAUGACCUCUGCAGGGUCAAACCUCAGAUCAAAAUCUCAAAGUAUGAAACCUGCAGAACUAAAAUCUUCCACAGAAUUAGGAGGUAUGAAGUCAUCUCAAUUGACUGAAGGGCCUAAACUUCAAGGACCAAAAUCUACAGAGUUUAAUACUAAAUCACAGUUACAGUGUGUGAAAACCCCUAAAUGGUUCCCAGGACAAUGGCUACAAAACAGAAAACCAUUUGCAUCAACCUCAGGGCCACAGCUUGGAAAUAUGAAAUCUUUGCAAUGGAUACCAGGACCUGAUUUCCAAGGUGUGAAAUCUGUAGGGUUAAAUCUAAAAAAGUGUCAAGGUGUCAAACCUAAAAAAUUGAAAUCUUCCACACAGUCAGGAGGUAUGAAGUCAUCCGAUUUGAUCCAAGAGCCAAAAUUUCAAGGUGCAAAAUCAAUAGAGUUUGACCUUGAGCCACAGGUACAGUGUGGGGAAACCCCUGCAUUAAUCUUAGGGUCAGAGCUACAAAAAGGAAAACCUUUUGGAUCAGCCUCAGACCCACAGCUUCAAGGAAGGAAAUCUACAGAGACCUACCAAGGGCCACAGCUUGCUAGUAUGAAGUCUAUUGAGUGGAUGCCAAGACCAGAGUUCCAAGUUAUAAAAUCUGUGCUAAAUUUUGGGCCACGUUCUCAAGGUGUCACAGCUGUAGAGCUGAAACCUUCAGAGUAUUUGAAAAAUGUGAAGACAUCCGAGUUACCUCCAAGGUCAGAGCUCCAAUGUAUACAAUCUUUGGUGUCACUCCAAGAAUAUCAGCCUCAAGGGCUCAAACCCAUUGAAAUGAAAUCUGGGCCAGAGUGCAGAAGUAUGAAAUCAUAUGACCAGACCUCAAAGUCAAAGCUCUGUGAUGUAAAAUCCAUGGUGUUGAAACCACAGCUUCACCUGCAAAAUGUGAAAUCUGAGUUGGUUCCAGGACAACAGCUUCAAGCAAAACCUUUAAAGUCAUCCCCAGGAACACAGCUUCAAGGUAUGAAGUCUGUAGUGUCUAUUCAAGAGCCACAGUUUCAAGAAGUGAAAUCCAGAAUAUUAAGCCAUAGCCCAGAACUACAAAGUAAUGAAAAUGGAGAGCUGAACUCUCUACUAUACUUGAAAAGUAUGAAACCACCUGAAUUUGCUCUUCAGACGAGACCUCCAGGCAUGAAAUCUGAGGAGUUAAACUCUGGGCCUCAGUGGCAAAGUAUAAAAUGUUCUAAGCUGACACCUGAGAUAAAGCCCCAAUAUAUAAAAUGUGUUCAGUUAAGCCCCUGCUCACAGUUGAAAGGUAUACCGUGUUCUGAUUUGACCAUGCAAAACAGGGUCGAAUGUGUCAAAUCUACAGACUUCAGGCCUCAGCCACAGUUGAAAGGUAUAAAAUCUUCUGAGUCAACCCCUAGGACACAACUUCAAGAAGCAAAACUGAUGGAAUCCAACUUAGGCCCACAGUUGCAAGAUGUAAAAUCUUCUAAGUUGAUCAUGGGUAUAAAGCUUCAAGAUGUAAAAUCUAUGCAUUUCAGUUCUGAACCAGAUGUACAAGGUGUGAAAUCUCCUGAGAUGAUCCUAGGGACAGAACUUCAAGGUGUGAAGAUAGUGGAUUCCAACUUUGGACCACAGAUUCAAAGCCCAAAAUCUGAGUUGGCUCAAGGGACAAAGUUUCAAGAUGUGAAGUCUGUAGAAUUCAACUGUGAUCCAAAGUUAGAAGGCACAAUAUUGGCUUUAUUACCAAAGACAAAGCUCGAAGGUGGGGAAUCUGCAAAAUUCAACUCAGGCCCCCAGUUGCAAGAUGUAAAAUAUUCUAAUCUGGUCCUCGGGACAAAGUUUAAAGAUACAAAAUCUAUAGAGUUUGGUUCUAGACCAUACGUACAGGAUGUGAAAUCUGGCAUAAUCCCAGAGACAAAGCUUCAAAAAGAGGAAGUUGGAAUUAUGCCUCAGUUACUGCAGCAAGGUGUGAAAUCUCAACUGACUCUAAGUAAGGUACGAGAUAGGAAGCCUUUAAGGUCCAGCUCUGCCCCACCAUUACAAAAUAGGCAACUGUCCAUGUUGACACCACAAAUAAAUGAUGAGGGUAUUAAAUCUGUGCAAUUCAACCCAAGCACUGAGUUGCAAGGUGUGAAAUCUGAGUCUAAAAACCUACCAACAAUAAACUUUACAGAGGUCAACGAUGGCUCAGAAUUGCAGUUUGCAAAACUUUCUUCUGAACUCAAUGCUGGAAAUCAGCAAGAUAAAAAAUCUCAUAGAUUGGGGCAAUCACCACAAAUUGAAAGUGCAAAAUUUGCAGUGUUCCAUUCUGGGCCACAUCUGCAAUAUAUAAAAUCUUCAGAAUCAUGUCCAGGGACAAAGCUUCAAGGUGUGGAAUCUAUGGAAUUCAAUUCUGAACAGUCACAAGAUGUGAAUUCGGAGUUGUGUCUGAGAACAAAGCUCCCAGGUAUGCAGUCUUCAGAGUUCAACCAUGAGCCUCAGUUAGAAAGGAUAAAGUCUUUUGAGUUGUGCACAGAAAACAAACCUCCAGAUAAGCAGUCUCUGGAAUUCAAGCAAAAAUCUGAAUUAGAAGUUGGGAAACCUGAGUUGGAUCCAAGAUCACAAAUUCAAUGUAAAAAUUUUAUAACCGUCAAUACUGGGUCACAGUUACAAGGUGUAGAAUCAUCUGAUCUGAAACCCACAACAGAGUUUCAAGAUAUAAAAUCUAAGGGGCUCUGCCUUGAACCGCAUUUGCAAGGUAUAAACUCUUUUGAAUCCAUUUCAGGACUAAAUCCUCAGUGUGUAAAUUCUACUGAAUGUAACCCUGAGCCACAUUUCAAUGGUGUGGAUUCUCCUGCAUGCGCUCUGGAGCCAAGACCUCAGUAUAUGGAUUCUGCUGGGUGCAACCCUGAACCACAUUUGCAAGGGAUGAAUUCUUCUGCCUGCACUACAGGAACAAAACCUCAAUGUGUAAAUUCUACUGGAUGUAAUGCUAGGCAACCUUUGCAGAAUGUGAAUCAUUUUGCAUCCUCUUCUGGGUCAAAUCCUCACUGUAUAAGAUGUACUAGUUGCAACCUUGGACCACCUUUGCAGUGUGUGAGUACUUCUGCCUCCUCUUCAGAGUCAAAACUUCAGUGUGCAAAUUCUACAGGGUGCAACACUGAGCUACCUUCUCAGGGUGUGAAUACUUCUACAUUCUCUCCAGAGCCAAAACCACAGUAUGCAAAUUCUACAGGGUGCAACCCUGAACCAUAUUUACAGGGUGUGAAUUCUUUUGCACCC